UUCCUCCUAAAUAUACUUUUAUAAAACUAAAAGAAUCUCACACAUGGAAUCAAACAUUCAGUCAAACUAAUUAGUAUUGAAAAUUUGUAGAAAAAUAAUACUAAGAAAUGGAAAAAGAAAAAAAAAAAAGAGAGAGAGAAAAUGAUGGGAAUUAAAUUAAGAAGAUAAUUAGGAUUAGGAAAGCAACUAAAUUAAGAAAAAUUGUAAGAGAAAUGUGUCUACAUAAGAACAGCUCAACAUACUCUGCUCUUUCUAACAUCCCAUUUCAUUUCCUUUGUCUCUCUUCACAUUAACAUCUUUUGGCUCUCUCUCUCUUUCUCUCUCACUCAUAGCUGUAGAGAGCAAAGUAUUAUUCCAAACCCCUCUUUUUUUCUUCUUCCCCAUUCAGUUUCAAAACCCACUAAACCAAAAAUCAUUAACUGCCAUGGUUUUCUUUCGAAUUCCCUUUCUCUUUGCUUCUUUUCUCUGUUUUUUCUCACUUCUUGUUUCUGGGUCUUCGAGGAAUUUCCCGAUUCUCGACUUUGAAGAAGGUUAUAACCCUUUAUUUGGUGAUGACAAUCUCGUCCUUCUCAAGGAUGGCAAGUCAGUUCAUCUUCAUCUUGAUGAAAGGACUGGCUCUGGGUUUGUUUCUCAAGACCUUUACCUUCAUGGGUUUUUCAGUGCUUCCAUUAAGUUGCCUUCUGAUUACACUGCUGGUGUUGUGGUUGCCUUUUAUAUGUCAAAUGGAGACAUGUUUGCUAAGAACCACGAUGAGAUAGAUUUUGAGUUCUUAGGGAAUAUUAGAGGCAAAGAUUGGAGGAUUCAAACCAAUAUUUACGGGAAUGGAAGCACAAGCAUAGGUAGAGAAGAAAGAUAUGGGCUUUGGUUUGAUCCAUCUGAAGAUUUUCAUGAAUACAGCAUCCUUUGGACCGAAUCUCUCAUCAUCUUUUAUGUGGACAAUGUUCCCAUUAGAGAGGUGAAAAGAACGGCAACAAUGGGAGGUGAUUUUCCUUCUAAACCAAUGACUUUGUAUGCAACAAUCUGGGAUGGAUCUACUUGGGCUACCAAUGGAGGCAAAUACAAAGUUAACUACAAAUACGCCCCAUACAUCGCUGAAUUCUCCAAUUUUAUCCUCCAUGGCUGCGCCGUCGACCCAACCGAACAAUCCUCAAGCUGUGACCACUCCCAAAAGUCCAUACCAAUCCCUUCUGGUAUGACACCGUCUCAAAGAGCUAAAAUGGAAAGCCUCAGGAAGAAACACUUGACAUACUCCUAUUGCUAUGACCGCAUCCGCUACAAGACCCCUCCAUCAGAGUGUGUGAUCAACCCUGACGAGGCCGAACGACUCCGAAUCUUUGACCCUGUCACAUUUGGUAAAGGAAGACGCCAUCGCGGGAAAAUCCACCACCACAGCCACCCAAGACAGGCAGAAUCGGCUUCUGCUUGAUCAUUAGCAUUCGGUCUCAUGUGGGGGGUUAUUUUCUUGUGUAUAGACGACGACCGAUGUCAGUCGAUAGAUUUCUUGAGGGUGAUAGAAAAGAAGAAGGUGCCAUAGGAGAUCCACAUUGAAGAGCAUCUGUAUAGUUCUUUUUUUUCAUUUCACACGUUUCAUUACAUUCUUGGGUUCUCUAUUACAACAUUCACUAGUAUUUGAUGGGCUGCUGUUUGGGUUUCUACAAUAUUGAAUUUGGUUCCAUAUUUUGUGUACUAUUUUAUUACACCCUCAUAUAUUUGAAUAAAAGACUAAAAAAACAAAAAAAAAAAAUUAUUAUUUA